AUUUACAUAACUGCUGGUUUGUGCGCUGAACGCGCUACAAUUUUCCCAGGCAAGCAAGGCCGAUUUGUUGCCUCUUCAAGUUUAUUAUAAGUGCGACUUGUUCUACAUAUAAUCAAUUAACUCUGGUUCACUGGCGCUGAGCAAACAUCUGCGCGCAAUUCUGACAGAGUCAGAGCUGGGACUCAGGUUGCUGGGCUAAUACUCGCCGCCGCAAUGUCGCACACGUUCACCGUGGAGGAGCUGCUGGCAUAUGAUGGGUCGGACGCCAGCAAGCCCGUGUACAUUGCGGUGAAAGGCGUGGUCUACGACGUGUCGGCUUCGCGCGAGUUCUACGGGAAAGGCGGGCCAUAUGAGGCGUUCGCCGGCCGAGAGUGCUCCAGGGCACUCGCCAUUAUGAAGGUUGAUGCGGCUGAGUGCAACGGCAACCUUGACGACUGCACCGAGAAGCAGCUCAAGACAUUGGACGACUGGAUUGCUAAGUUCAACACCAAGUACGCCGUCGUGGGCAAGGUAGCUACGGCAGCGGCGGCGGCGGCGGAGUAGGAGUGAGACAGGCGAGAAGGAGGCGCGACGCGCGGGCCGGGGGCGCGGCGUGUGCGUGUCGCACUCUUGGAAGGCCCCGCUCCACAACUGGUUCCCGCGGGGCCCGGAAAAGAAAAAGUGUUUGGCCGAUUGCGGGGUGGCAAGCGGAGCAACCAGUUGCCACACCAUCACCGCAUCAUCCCAUGCAUAGUUGAGGUGCGAUCGGCUGCCAGCUGCUGUGCGUACGCAUUCGCCGCCCCCGUUGGUCUGCAGCGCACAGCAUGUAGGGUUAUGCCGGAACCUGCUCGCGCCCCACCCCUCAGCACCCUACCCCACCCCGACUCCCACCACACCCGGUAACUGUUCACCGCCGUAUCACUGAUGUCAGUCUCAAACCGUACCACCAGUCCAACCCCGCCUUUCUUUCUGCCUCCCCCAUUUGCUUGCCUGCCACGCCGCAGGCUGCCGAGCCUGGGUCAGCCCAGGACGCAGGCGGCGCCAAGCCGGGGGCCGCAGCCGCCAAGCCGGGGUCUUCAGGGAAAUGGCAGGACGAGGCAGUGGACAUGGAGGAGAUAAAGAGGACCAUGAUGCGUCUGUCGCCCUUCACGCCGGGGCUGCUGGCCACGCUGGCCAUUGUGGGCCUGCUGACCGCCCUAGCCGCCUACGUCCUGUACAUUGACAUGACGGGACAGCAGCCGCUGGAGCCGCACACGGAGUUGUAAGACGCCACCAGUCACUACGGAGCUGGAGCUGGGGCGGGGGCUGGGGCAGCGCCGGUCGUGGAGCGGCUGCUGUCGGAGGAGAGGGCGACGCAGCGCGGCCUGCGCUGCGCCCGAGUCUCACGUGAGGUCCACUGCUUAUUGUAUGACGCAGCGGGAUAGCGAUGAGAGGCAGGAGCUGGGCAGUUGGCGGACUCGUUUGCGGGCGGUUCAUUUUGGUUUGCCGUAUCGGGGCGGAGGGCGGUGUGCUGGUUGUGCAGGUGUUCGAAAAGGCUACAGUGGGGGCGAAUCUGCGACGGGCGAAGGACAAACCUUGCAGCCGUGAUGUGCCACAUGUACCGGGUUGCAGGGUGUGCGGGGUGUAACAAGCAACACGUGUAUACGGUAGGCUGGAAGGGCUGGUUGCUGCUGGACCCAGAUGCGCCGCGGGUUGUGCACGUUUUUGUGGGUGUAUGGUGUGUUCAAUACUCAUGGGAUGUGUUGUUGCCGUGGUUGGGUCAUGUGGUGUCGUGCUGAGACCCGGGCCGGGCGUGCGGUGGGGACCCUGGCAGCAGUGGUGCAGGGUCCGGCCUUGCCUUGUCACCUCGCAGGUUCACACCACCAUCUGCCCAUGCCGUUUCUUGGUCUCUGUGCGUUCUCAUGUAGCCGACCAGCAGUGUAUGACAGGCUUGUGGGCCGCUCCUGGCGUCCUGGCGAAUUGGCGGGGCCAUCAGGGGCCUGGGGCCAUGCCAUGUGGCAUGCGCGCGUUGCCUUGAAUGCACUUGUAGGCGUUGCGGUGGUGGAGCAUUGCAGCCAGUGGAGCCGUGCCCUUGGCCGUGCCUGGCAAUGCUACGAUACUUCUUGACUCGCAGCGCCGCGGCCUUCAUCAGCACGUCCGCAUCUGCGGCGCGGCGGCAGCUUACUUCAACUCCGGACGUGCGUAAAGACGGGUGUAGAAGUGGUGCAGGCGACGAAUGAAAGCCGCACGGAAAGCUGGAAGAGUCCACACCCGAUGUAACCGCAAGGGGCAGUAA